GUCUCGAGAGCGCGUCGGUUAGCUGGCUAAGCUAACGCUAACUGGAGCCAGCCAACCUUCACCGCUUCAGUCAGGUUUUCGGGCAUCUUGGGAGUUUUCUAGUCAGCUGUUCGGCGUUCACGUAAAAAUUGCUUGCGCUCCAAGCGAGGAAGAAAAGGAGUAAGCCGAAAAAGCCUGGCAAAAACUCGGGUAAAGUACACUGCCAUGUGAACAGCUGCUUCCGAGAAGACAGAAGUUCAGAACAGGGCCCCACUAUGACUGUCAAAAGGACCGAGCCCCACCCACGGGGCACCACCCAGCCGCUGGAUUCCACUCUGCAGGAGCAGGAGGAGGAGAUCCUAGGCUCGGACGACGAGGAGCAAGAGGACCCCAACGACUACUGCAAGGGCGGUUAUCACCAUGUGAAGAUUGGUGAUCUGUUCAAUGGGCGCUACCACGUGAUCCGCAAGCUGGGUUGGGGUCAUUUCUCCACUGUGUGGCUUUCAUGGGACAUCCAAGCAAAGCGCUUUGUGGCUAUGAAGGUGGUGAAGAGUGCAGAGCACUACACUGAAACAGCCCUGGACGAGAUCAAACUCCUGCGUGCGGUGCGAAAUUCCGACCCCAACGAUCCCAGCAGAGAGAAAGUGGUGCAGUUGCUCGAUGACUUUAAAAUUUCAGGCGUCAAUGGUACUCAUGUGUGCAUGGUGUUUGAGGUCCUCGGUCACCACCUGCUCAAGUGGAUCAUCAAGUCCAAUUACCAGGGUUUGCCCCUCCCCUGCGUUAAAAGCAUCAUCCGUCAGGUUUUGCAAGGCUUGGACUACCUGCACACCAAGUGCAAGAUCAUCCACACAGAUAUAAAGCCGGAGAAUAUCCUGAUGAGCGUCAACGACUCGUACGUCAGGAGGCUGGCGGCAGAGGCGACUGAGUGGCAGAGGUCCGGAGCCCCGCCCCCUUCCGGCUCUGCAGUAAGCACGGCUCCGGUCCCUAAGCAGGCAGCGAAGAUGUCGAAGAACAAGCGAAAGAAGCUGAAAAAGAAACAGAGGAGGCAGGCGGAGCUGCUGGAGAAACGUGUCUUGGACAUGGAGGGGCUGGAGAGAGCCAACAAGGGGGCGGAGGACGAGGAAGACGAGGACACAGAAACCCCAGACAGCACGCCGUCGGCUCCCAGUAGUCAGACCCUGCAGGAGAUCCCAGCUGAGACCGCCCUGGAUGGCGCUCCAGAAGGCUGGCCUCAGCACAGAGAAUGUGCCAUGGAUGGCAGCUGCCUCAGCCACAGCAAGGCCCCCGAUGACGAGAGAGCCCCCGACUCUCAGCAGCAGGCGACGAGCGAGACCCCCACCAACCCUUAUGACAGCGGCGCUGAGGGCUUGGACCCGCAUCCCGUUAACCCUUACCCAGCAUGCAAUGGCACGGCACAGGGCGGGCCCGACUGCCCCGCCCCCACCGCAGAUGGUAAUGGACCUUCGCGUUGUGAUGUGCUUGAGUCGCAGGGCCCCAUGGUACAGCAGGAGCGGGCUGCACAGGAAGGGGAGGGCCCCACGGCGAAGCUGGGCCCCGCAACGCAGGAGCCCCUCAACGAGGAGGCGGUCCCUACCAUGGAGCUGGACCCAAGCUUGCACGCAGGCGCAGAGAAGGAGAGUUUGAAGGACGCGAAACUAGCAGCAGGGAACCUGUUGGUCAACCCCCUGGAACCACUGAACGCAGACAAGAUCCAAGUCAAGAUCGCUGACCUGGGCAACGCCUGCUGGGUGCACAAACACUUCACAGAUGAUAUUCAGACACGACAGUACCGCUCUCUGGAGGUGCUGAUUGGAGCAGGUUAUGGCACGCCCGCAGACAUCUGGAGCACAGCAUGCAUGGCAUUUGAGUUGGCGACAGGCGAUUACCUUUUUGAACCGCAUUCUGGAGAGGAUUAUUCCAGAGAUGAAGAUCACAUUGCACUGAUAAUUGAACUUCUGGGAAAAGUUCCACGCAAGCUUAUUGUGAACGGCAAAUAUUCCAAGGAGUUCUUCACCAAGAAAGGCGAGCUGAGACACAUCACCAAGCUGAAGCCGUGGGGUCUGAUGGACGUCCUGGUGGAGAAGUACGAAUGGACGCAGGACGAGGCCCAGAGCUUCACCAGCUUUCUCCUCCCCAUGCUUGACCUGAUCCCCGAGAAACGUGCUACAGCUGCCGAGUGCCUCCGCCACGCCUGGAUCGCCCCCUAGUGGCCAAAAGCCUCCAGCACAACUCGUACACAUAUGUGCGCGCACGCAUGCACACACACACACACACACACACACAAUCUCACAAUUUCUGUAAUGACCUGGUCAGACUUUGAGCUCACUCUCAUAGGUACCUUUGUUAGAGACUGCCAACCCUAGCUGCAGAGUCUGGUGACGUGGCACAUCCCGGCUAGUUGAAAUGUGAGCAAUUCAAACGCACCAAUCUAUCUAUUUAUUUCUCGUGUCCCUUUUCCAUGUGCUGGGUGUAACUCGAGUUAACCCGCUGUUUCAAUCGAUUGCUUUCUCUCUCUUUCUUCUCUGUGUACCAGUAGUAAGUGUCUAACCAGAUGUUGAUUUGUUGGAAAGGUCUCUUGGCAUAAAAGUGGUCUCUUCCUUUUUGAUUUGUUUCAAACGCUCAUGCUCAGAUGGCAGUACUGAAGGAUGCAGGGACCUUGUGAUUGCUCUGUGCUCUUUUUCCAGAAAGAGUUAUUAAACCACUGCCUUCUUUGAAUAUGUUUUGCUCAAUUCAAGGCAGGUAGGCAGGUUGUCAGACAUGUGAAUGAUAAAAGCCUUCAGAGAUGGCACGGCAAUUUACUGGACAUUUAUAAGAGCUCCAAGAACCUGAACUGCUAGUUUACUGACAGACGAACUGUUGCUCAGCACAAGGAAAAAAAAAAAUCCAUUUCAUUGUUAACAGCAUAAUGUGGACUAAGUGUUUAUCAUAGAAAUUCUAUGGCAUUUUCACCGAAGACAGACAGUUAAAUCUUUAGAUCUCACAUUUUGUAUAUAAUUGUUACAAAGUUGGCUCUUUUCUUUGCACACAGUGUCCGAAUUGUACAGUUUUAAGGAAACUUGCUUUGCAUUUUCUGCCAAGGCUUUGUUGAAUGGCUAGAGGGCGACGUGUGAGUAACCCAAGGAAAAAUGAAAUGUGCUUCUGUGAAUUCGUGAGAUGUUUUCUGCUGAUCUUGCUUGAGGCAGAAUCAGUUUGGCUCUUUUUUAACGUCUAAAUGAGGGCAGAGGGAGUCGUUUGUACUGUGAAGGGCCCUGGCCUCUGGUUGCUCUUUUGUAUGAGACACUUUCACCUUUGACCUUUUCCAGUCCCCACAAGCACAGUUCUUCUUCUCUUUUCAGCUUUCUCUUUUUCACAGAUGCUCUGCUGUUGUUACUGCUGAACUAAAACCAUUUCUGUAAUUAUUCUGUAAUUAUUAUGAAUAAAGGUUUUGAAAAGGUG